AUGACGUCAGAUGAUAAUAUGAGUUUCGAUGAUAAAUUCGGAAAUUAUUUGUAUAAAUUGUUGUGCGUUGCGCCAGAUACCGAAAGCGAUCCCUGCGUUAUCGAGAUAUUCGGAGUGCUAAGUCUAACCGAUGUGCGGCAACCAGAUCGCAAAUUGUGGUAUAUGUAUCACUGCAAACAGAAUGAAGUCGACGAAACCUUGGACCGUAUAUUCAAAAAAUAUGGCAAGAAGAAUAUGCGUGAAAUAAUUCGGAAGCGCGUCUAUAGCGGUGUUGGUCUGCGCGAAAGAGUAAAAACACAUUUCGCUAAUAAGAAAUUGUAUGUGACAGAAAAGCUGAUUGAAGCCCCAAGAAAUAGCUCCUUCAACGACGACAAGGUGAUAAAGAAUGUUACCGAAGCGUACAAUGAGGAGCGAAGAUUGCUCUUCGAGUAUGUUUGUAGGAAACACUUUAACUGCCUGGAAACUCUUUAA